AUGUACCGAUAAUAUGAUUAUACUUACUCUCCAUCAAAAUCAUCGAAUACCAUAGAUGACAUGGAGCAAAGGCUUAAUGCAGUUAUUAAUGCAAAUGAAAAAUUGGUAAUAUUUUAUAACUAAGAUUUCAUUAUAGACUUUACUGUUAAAAGAGAAGAUUUAAGAGAAUGAUUAGAUGAAAGAAAAUAUUGAUAUUCUUUAUAAUAAUAAUCAAGAAUUAUAAGAAAUCAAUAUAUAACUGUGUGAAUAAAUCAAAAAGUGUAAAAAUUAGAAAUGUUCAUCACUACAUCAGAAAAACAAUAAUGAAAUGGAUAGAGAACUCAAAUAAUUAAAGGAAAUCAUAGUUUAAAAGGAUAGAGAACUAGCAAAUUAUUAACAGCAUUUUGAAGAAGAGUUGCAGUUAGAAAUCACAUAAAAGGAUUAUGUAAAUAAAAAAAUAACGUAUUAGAUUGAUAAAAUCAAAGGUUUGGAAGAUCAAAAUUAAUAAUUAAUUCAUGAAUUGGAUUUGGUAACAAAAAAGUUGAUAUAAAGUCAAAGAGGUUCAUUAACUAAUUAUGAUAAUAAUUAUUAAGAAUAAUAAUAUGAAUAAAUCAUAGAGGAUUUACAAUAGAAAAUUGAAUAGAUGAAUAAAAUUUUAAAUUAGAAGGACGAAGAAUUAUCAUAAAAUAAUAAUAAAUAGUUGUUGAUUCAAAUAGAAUAAUUAUAAGUAGAGAAUAUAACUCAAUCAUUAUAAUUGCAAGAAUAAAGCAAUAAAAUCAAGUUAUUAUAGUAAGAAUUGGAAGAAAAGAAUAACAUAAUUGAUCAAUUGAAAAAAAAUUAUAGUCUAAAUUCAUCUAGAAAUGAAAUUAUACAAAAAUAAAAUAUGUUUUAGAAUAAACAACAAUAUAUUAAAAUAGAUUAAAAUGUCUUAGAAUUAAGUGAUGAUAUAGAAACAACUAUUAAGAGAAGAACAAAUUUUGAUUAUUAAACUGGGAAAUAGAUUCCAUCAGGAAAAGGAUUUUUUGAAUAAAAAAGUCCACGUUCUUUAUUAUCAGAUUAAGAUUCUUAUUUUUAUUUGUAUGAAAAAUUAUAGUAAGAUAUGUAAAUCAAAGAAAAAUAAUAUAGUGAUCUUAUUAAUAAAAAAUAAAUAGCAGAUAAUGAAAAUGAAAGACUUAUGAAUUUAAUUAAGGAUUUGGAAUACUAAAUAUAAGAAAAAUAAUUACUAAUUGAACAUUAAGAGAAUGAAAUUAAAUCUUAACAAAGAAAUAUAAGAAAAAAAGAAUCUGAACAUAAGAAAAAUUUAAUAUAACAACAAGAUGAUAUUUAAAUUUAUGAAGAUAAAUUAAUUGCAUUAGAGAAGCUUAGAAAUUAAGAACUUAAAAUUUAUGAUUAAUAAAUUUCUUAAAUUCAAAAUUAACUUAAAUAAAAAGACAUAGAACUGAAAAAAAUGUAAGAUUAAAUUAAAGAUAAGCAUAAAUUGUAGAACAACAUAUAAUCCCUUAUAGAAGAGAAUAUAGAAAUAUAAUAAAAUUUAUAAAAAAAAGAUUAAAAUGAAGAAGAUUUAAGAGCAAAAAUUGCAUUAUUUUAAUAAUAACUUAAAGCAAAAGAAUUAGAAAAUAAAAGUUAAAAUUAAAAUAAAAUUUAUGACUUAGAAAGUUAGAUUAUUUAACUAAAAUUAGAAUUGGAAUAAAAUAUAAUUAAUGUUCAAGUUUAAAGUGAAAUCAAUUAAAAAAAUGAAUAAUAGAUUAAAUUGAAAGAAUUUCAAAUUAAUAAAUUAUAAGAUCAAUUAAAAGAGGCUAAUAACAAAUAAAAAGAAAUAAUAACAGAAAGAGAAUUAGAAAAUCAUAGAAAUUAUUAAUAAAUUGAUGAGCAAAAUGAUUUAUUAAGACAGUAAGAGUAUGAAAUAAAGAAAUUACAAAAUUUAAUCUCUUAAAGACCAUUAGAAAAUACUUUCAAUAUUUAAUCAGAAAAUUUGAUCUUAAAAGAAUAAUUGGAGGAAUUGAUAAGUAAAUAAGCAAAAUUGGAAUAAAAAGUAAUAAUAUUAGAAACAUAAUUGAAAGGAAAAGAUCAAGAAAUUGUUAUCUCAAGCCAAAAGUAAAUAUUAUCAAAUGCAGAAUUAUAAACUAAUAUGAAAAAGUAAGAGGCAGAUUUUAAUGAUAAAUUAAUUGAAAAAGAAUAAUAGAUCUAGAAAUUAAUAAAAGAAUUCUAGUCAUUAAAAUAAGAGAAUGAAUAAUUCCUAUAGAAAAUAAAUGUUUCCUCUUCUCGACAGGCUGAAUUAGAAUAAAAGUAAUAAUAAGAAAUAGAAUCUCAUAGAUAAGAAAUAUAAAAGAAAAUUGAUCAAAUUCCUUUAAGUGAUGAUGGCAAUACUUUGAGCGAACUGAAUUCUUAUCGUAUGGAUGAAUUAAAAACAUUUGCCUUUUAAUUGGAAUCAUAGAAUAAAUCAGAUUUAAUAUAAAAAAUACUAGAUUAAAAAAUUGAAUUGAUUUAGAAUAAUAAUUAAUUUAACAAUUAAAUUCAAAUAAUUGAAGAAUUAAAAUCUAAAAUUACAAUAUAUGAAGAAGAAAUUCAAGAUCAAAAUUAACUAAUAGAGACUAAAGAAAAAUAGUAAACUGAAUUAAACAGUUAUAAAUAAUCAAUAGCAUCUCUUGAAAAUUAAUUAAAGAUAAAAGAAUAAAGUCUUAAAAAAUUUUAAGAAGAAAAUAAAGAAUUGCAAUAAUAGAAAUAAUAAGUAGUUUAAUAGAAAAAAUAAAAUGAAUGCUUAUAAUAAGAAUCCAAAAAAUUUUAAGAUACUAUCUUAAAUUAAGAACAAUAAAUAAAAGUUAAAGAUGAAAAUUUAAAAAAGUUGUAAGAUUAACUUAGAGAGUUAACCAAAAAAAAUGAUUAGUUUUCUAAAGAUUUAAAUUAAAAUAAGACUUUAAAAGAUGAAAUUGAAAAACUUAAGAGUACUCUUAAUUAGAAGGAAGAAGAACAAAAAAAUUUAUAAAAUUAAAUUAAUAAUCAAAAAAGAUAAGAAGACCAAAUUAAUAAAUUAUAAUAACAAAUUGAAAGAGAAACAAAAAUAAAAAAAGAAGAAAUUGAAAAACUAUAGAAUGAAUUAAAUUAAUCGAAUUAAGAAUUAAAGCAAGUUUAAUAAUAAAAUUAGAAUUAAAAAAAAUUAGAUGAUUAAGUGAAGAAGCUUUAAUAACAAUUAGAUUCAUAAACAGAGAAAAUGAAAAAACAAUAACAAGAUUUUGAAAAAAAAGAAUAGGAUUUAAAAAAAUAACUUAAGGAAAAAACUGAAUAAAUAUCAGAAUAAGAAUAAAAUGAUCUUUCUAAAGAUUAAUAAAUAUAAUAACUUGAUCGAUAAAUAGAAGAAUUAAAAAAAAAAGAUGUGAUGUAUUAAAAGUAAGUUAAAAUUGUAAAAGAGUUAUAAGAAUAGUUAAAAUAAGCAGAAAAAAUGAAUAUUGAAUUACAGAAAGAAAAAGAAAAUAAAUAAGCUUAGGUAAGUGGUUAAAAAGAGAAUUUAGAAUAAGAAAUUAAAGAAUUAAAAGAUCAAAUAACAAAAUUAUAAAAAUUAAAUGGUGAACUUGUUAUUUAUGAAAAUAUUAUUUAAGUAGAUGCGCGUAAAAUGUAAGAAUUACAAAGGAAGAUAGAAAGCUUAGAAAAUUAUAAUUCAUAAUAAGGUUCAAAAUAAAAUAUAGAGACAAAAAGUUAAGGAGUUACUCCAAGAAAAUAAGUUAGAGGAAGUUCAGUUAUGAAAUAAAAAGAUGAUUAAAUAUAAUAGAUGUCAUUCGAAUAAUUGCAAUUGCAUGCUAAAAAAUUAGAAUAAAUAAUCAAAGAAGCAGGAUUAAGUAAUAAAAUAAACUGA